AUGGCUUUCCGUUGUUUUACCUUGACAUCUCGGAUUGCUUUGGGGAAUUCAUCUGUUUAUCGUUAUCAUAACAUUAGGUAAUAUAUCUUUUAAGAUUCUGGAGCGCUAAUCUGAACUUUAAAUUUUGAAUUCACUAAGUGUUAUAUAUUUAUUUGCUUUUAUUUGUGUUUAUUUGUUUUGAAGUGAUUGGCACAUCACAACAUGCGUUUCUAUUUGUUUCUUCUAUCGUUGGCAGGUUUCAGUGUUGCUAGAACAAUGGUUUCUGAAGCUUUCAAGAAGCACGAAGUUGUGCCAGAUGUUGUACCAAAAGCGCCAGCCAAGAAGGUCGAUGUAGCUUUUAACUCUGGUGUAAAGGUAGGUUGUAUAACUGUAUCAACGACAAUUUGUAAGGUCAUUUUGGGCGAGGGAACAUCUGCUGUAAACAUUUCGAUAUCACGACCAUUUAUUAAUUAAAGUUUUGCGUUUAAGCGAUCUUAAAUUGUUUUCUUUGUUAUGGAUAAUGUGGUUUUAAUUUUGCUAAAAGCAUUGUUUACAGGCCGAGCUUGGUAACGUGUUAACUCCAACACAAGUGCAAGAUCCUCCAAAGUUGUCGUGGGAAACCGAGGAUGGUGCUCUUUACACAUUGAUCAAGACUGGUUAGUUCUAUAACUAAACUGAAAUGUAUGAAACACUAACGCCGCAUUUACAAUUUACAUUUACAGAUCCAGACGCUCCAUCAAGGAAAGAACCCAAGUUCCGAGAAUGGCAUCACUGGCUGGUUGUCAACAUUCCAGGUAACGACAUUUCGAAGGGCGAAGUACUGUCUGAGUACAUUGGAGCUGGACCUCCGGAGAAGACUGGUCUUCACAGAUACGUGUACUUGGUGUACAAGCAGCCAGGAAAGAUUGAGGACAAAGAACACGGCAAACUGGGACUGUCUGGAGCCAAGAGAAACAACUGGAAGGCUGCUGACUUUGCUGCCAAACACAAGCUGGGAGACCCAGUCUUUGGUAACCUGUACCAGGCCGAGUACGACGACUACGUCCCCAAGUUGUACGCCAAAUUGGGCGACUAA